UGAUGAAAGAUUCCUGACUGCAUGUUAAAGAAAUGGGUAUUCGAGGCCUGACAGGGUUCAUAGACAAAAACCAGCACCUGCUGCACCAGCAUCAGCUCCAUGACUGUCCCGUGGUUCUAGACGGGAACAACAUCUACCAUUACCUGUACCAUGCCUGUCACGUGCAGUCCUACUUUGGUGGGGAUUAUGAUAUCUACAGGAAGAAGGUCGCUGAAACGUUUCAGUCCUUUCUCUUGUGUGGUAUAACACCUUACGUUAUCAUGGAUGGUGCAUACACCAGGGACAACAGGAAGUUAAAAACAUGCUUGACCCGAGCCACUUGUCGGAUUAAACAGGUAAAUGCUAUGGCCUACAACCAGAAAGGACAGAUUCUACCCGUGUUGGCUUAUGAAACGUUCAUACAAGUUCUAGAGGAAUUGGGGAUACCCCAUGCUACUUGCCAGUUUGAGGCUGAUCUUGAAAUAGCUGUACUGGCCAACAAGCUCUGCUGCCCUGUAAUAAGUAACGACAGUGAUUUUUAUAUCUUUGAUCUUAAUGGGGGUUUUCUCCCUUUAGAUUAUAUUGAUUUCAGAGCAUUACACAAAAUAGCCUCCCCUGGUGAUUCUUCAGAUUACAGAUUCCUACAUUGUUAUAAAUAUAACGUCGAUGACUUUAUUAAUUCAUUUGAUGGGCUGAGUCGCUCAUUAUUGCCCGUGUUUGCAAGUAUGCUUGGGAAUGAUUUUAUAAGUUCAAAGGCUUUUUGUCAAUUUUAUUCACGCGUCAAAGUUCCAAAAUUGGUGUCAAAAAAAUUUGCAAUGCCCCAGAGGCUAACUAGAGUCAUAAGUGUACUUCAUUGGCUACACACCCACGAGGAUGAUACUGACGUCUCUGUCAUUAAAAAAAAGCUUUUGGACUUCAUCAAACCCAGGCAGAAGGACAGAAUUGAACAGAAACUUACGCUGUCUGUCAGCGGAUACGAGGACAUAAGUAAAUUUAGUGGCUUUGAUCUCUACCAGUUUUUCACAACUGGUGUGAAAGACUGGUGCUGGACUAGUAAUGAAGAUUUUUGUCGGUAUAAUGGAGCAGCAUUUCCUGAUUGGUUUCUGGAGUCGACUUGUCGUGGGGACAUCACUCCAUUUCUUCUUAACGCUGCCAUCCUCCACAGAAUUAUUAUCCUUACACAAGUAGAAAACUUGAGUUGUCCCCCUUCUUUCAUUUGCUCAGCAGAUAUCAGGCAAAUUAUCUAUGGAAUUUUGUUCAAAGAUGACCCACCUGGUAGUACAGAAAAUAAAAUAUCCACCAAAAGUUUAGAAAAUGCAAACAGUAUCAUCACUGAUUUAACUGAAUCUGUGAAAAGUAUUGCAGAUAAACCCCUCACACAUGAAGACUCUGAUAGCCUGUUUUUAGGUGUUGCCGAUGAAUGUGAAAAUGAAACUGAUGAAGAGAUAGUUAUUGAAGAAGAAGAAUCUGCUAAGGAAUGUGCGGAGAAGAGGAGAGAAAGCUGCGUACAGGAGUACAACAGGAAGAAGAGACAUCUGCAGAAACUUUUUGUGGAGCCCUGCUACAGGCUGCAAGGGGCCAGCAUCCCGGGCUUGAAUGAGGUGGCUUUGUUGAGCCCCUGUGAAAAACAAAAUGUACUCAUGCAUGUUUUGCAGGUUGAUUCAGAUUUCCUGGGCAGGUUUUCAAAAAACACUCAGCUGUACUUUGCCUGUGUCUUGUACUGGGUUCGUAAAGUAACCCCUAAAAUAACAUUUGGUCAGUUAGACAGCCUGAUAGUCUGUGUUUUACUUUUGAAAGCACAACGACACCUCAAAAAAAGAAAAGCAGGGAAGAAAAGAACAACAGAACUCAAGGAGAAAGAAAAAAAUUCUGCACUGCUGGAGAAUAAUGAUGCUGAGAAAAGCAGUAGUGACAACGUGACCUUUGACAUUGACAAGUUGUGUGUUGAGUGUAAACUGGAGGAUCUUGAACAGCUGUGCCACAACUUAGACAAGUACCACAAAAAGUCACCGUCCUUCAACAACAACCACAAGUUCCAGCCUCAGAUUCUCCAUGCCUUCGCUCAGCUUCAAGCUGUGCUAAGUGACACCAUUCAUCUAUACAAAGUCCUCCAGAGCCCUUUUACCAAACUGUACCCAGCUCAACUUCUAAAUGGGACUUUUCUCUACAACUUUUCAUCUGAGCUUACUCAAAGAACUCGGCCGGAUGAGUUCAUUACUGCCAUGCUGGGUAGGUCUUCACCAAUCAAUGCUAUGUACAAUGAAAUCAGAACUUUUCUCUUGAACUGUGCUGGGGUUGAGUGUUUUGAACCUACUGUAGUGGUGAAGAAGUCAAAGAAAAAGAAAACGAAAGCUAAGAGUAAAAAAAAAGUUGAAAAGGCUGUUGAAGAUGCUGCUAACAGUGAUGGAGAGAAAGAAGAAGAAAUAGAAAGUAUUUCUGGAUUUGACAUAGCUAACAAAUUUAGCUUGCUUUGUAUGGAUUAGGAAAACAAUCUGCUGUUUUGUUUUUUAAAUGCUUGUACAGAAAUUUUUAGUAGAAGUUUAAUUUUGCCUGGUAAUAU